AGUGUAUGGACGCCGCUUUGGAAGGGCGGCCGUCGCGUAAGCUACGGACCACGUGCACCUCGACUGCUUGCGCUUAGUUCUUCACGAACUGUGUGGGAGGUUAGUUCGCUACAUGAAUAUAAUGUUCCUUGAAUGUCAUGCGCUAAGCGUUCGCCGCGAAAAAGCGUAUUCCGCUUGCGCCCAGCAGUGAUGCGUGUGUGAGUGUUGCCUCUCCACGUGAUUUUGACAGUCGAAUCGUUCACAAAAGCCGGCUCGGUUUUUUUUUUCUUUUAUCAACAGUGCGAUGUGCGCGGACUGAAGCGACAGAGAAAGUGUUUUUGAUAACAGUUUACGUGAAUGAACGGCCGAUACAUAGAGAUGUUGUAAGAUCAAGGGAGCCACAUCAAGGAUGAUUAUUAAAUAUUGCUUGGCCCAAUUUCUGCCGGCUAUGGAGUGUUUUCGAAUGACUAGAACUCCAGCCAGCUACUCUUAUUUAUAUCACUGGUUCCUGAUCUUGCUGCUAUCAUCAACGUGCUCCGCUAACGAUGGACUUUUCGGCUCCAAAUUCCAGACUGAUAUUCCCGAGUACGACCUCCUGCACGCAAUCGGAGUUCCGUUCAGCAAUCCGAAAACACAAUACUUCGACGAAGGCCUCGAUGGGUUCCCAGCCUACGGCCUCAUGCCGGGAUCGGAUAUAAAAUCCCCUUACCGCCUGUUCAUGCCAGAGAAACUAUACGCCGAGUUCUCAAUAACAGCCACCGUCAGGCCGGCGAACAAAGAUGGCGGAUUCCUAUUCUCAGUUGUAAACCCUUUAGAAACGGUAGUACAAUUGGGAGUGCAAUUAAUCCCUUCGGGCCCCGGACUAACAAAUAUUUCGCUGCUAUACACUGACGCUAAUAUCUACGCUUUAUCGCAGACCAUUGCGUCAUUCGUCGUACCUUCGUUUGCCAAGAAAUGGAGCAGAUUUGCUUUGAGAGUUACAACUGAUAAUGUCACGCUGUUCCUGAAUUGCCAUGAGUUUGAUACUGUGGUGGUGAAGAGGAACCCGCUGGAGUUGGUCUUCGAUUCCGCUUCAACUUUGUAUGUUGGGCAGGCUGGACCAUUGAUAAGAGGCGCUUUUCACGGUGCGUUUCAAGAGCUCAAGUUGUAUGGAUCUCCGACGCAGGCUGAAGUACAAUGUGUCAACACUUUUGAGGAAUCCGGCGAUGGAGACGAGAUAGACAUUGACAAUUACUUGGUGGACCAAGAAGAAGGUGACGCCGAAGGUUCUGGAAGGUACGGUACCAUUCCACCGUUCCCGCCACCACCGCCCGGCUUAGAUGGAGGCUACUCGUUACGACUGAAAGGCGAGAAAGGAGAACGCGGACCAAGGGGUGCACCAGGAGAAUCAAUAAGAGGUCCGCCGGGUCCACCCGGACCUCCAGGGCCUCCUGGCAUAUCUGGAACACCUGGAGUAAUUGCUGAAAUAUCCGGCUCGGGAGAUGAUAAGAGUACAGUCAAGCAGAUCUUCGGAGAGAACUACGUGUCGAUGGGUCAAUGUGGGUGCAAUUCCAGUACAAUCCUUGCACUUCUACAAACGGCACCUGAGCUAAAGGGACCUCCUGGUCCUCCGGGAAUUACUGGUGCUGAUGGACGCACUGGCUCGCCUGGACUUCCUGGUCAACCAGGAUCACCAGGUGAACGUGGUCCUAUAGGACCACGAGGAGAUAAAGGAGACAGAGGUGACAGCGGCCCAAGGGGGCCCGAAGGACCAGCGGGUGCUAAAGGAGAGGCGGGAGUAGAUGGGAGACCAGGAGCUGUAGGUCCCCCGGGCCCGCCUGGGCCACCGGGAGCAUCAGAUUACAGUAACUUUGAUUCAAAUUGGAAGCCUAGACAAAUAUACAAGGAAUCCCUCCUUGGAUCGUAUGGAGGAGCUAUCGGCAGACCAGGGGCCCCUGGACCUAAGGGUGACGCUGGACAGCCAGGACCAGUCGGACCACAAGGCGAACGUGGCUUCCCAGGUCAUAAAGGAGAGAGGGGACAAUCAGGCGUGGGUGGAACUAAAGGCGAUAGGGGUCACCCGGGACCACAAGGGGAGCGAGGUUACAAAGGAGAUCGUGGCAGCCCAGGGUUGGAUGGAAGACCAGGUAUACCAGGCGCUAGUGGAAGACCAGCUGACAAAGGAGAAAAAGGUGAACGCGGCGAACCGGGUCCACCCGGACCUCCAAUCGUUGGGCCGUUCAGUCCUGAUGAUGCUGAAUUCCUAACAGCAGGACAAAGGCAGGCAGGGGCUGCCUUGAAAGGAGACAAAGGUGAAAAGGGUGAAAAAGGCGGUCGAGGUAAUGAUGGCCCACCCGGGUUUCCGGGCAAAGAUGGAAAUGCUGGUGAACGAGGCGACAUUGGACCAUCGGGCAUGCCCGGUACCCCUGGUCCGCCGGGAACACCUGGACUGAAAGGGGAGAGAGGAGAGAGAGGCCCUCCUGGACCUAUCAGUGUUACUAUGGCUGGAUCUGAUAUCGUUACUAUCAAGGGUGACAAAGGUGACGCAGGCUUGCGAGGAAGAAGAGGUAGGCCUGGGCCCGCUGGACCUAAAGGAUCUUCAGGCAAUCCCGGACCUCCUGGACCUCCUGGCAGGCCUGGGGAUAAAGGAGACAUUGGACUACCUGGAUGGAUUGGUCGUCCAGGCACAUUAGGACCACCGGGGCAUCAAGGACCAGCAGGACCAAAAGGGGAGAAAGGCGAUCCAGGAGUAAACAUCUUAGACGUUUCAAUGUUCAAAGGCGAAAAGGGUGAGCGAGGCUUCGAUGGUCUCCCCGGCUUACCCGGAGUACCUGGUCCUUCCGGCCCUCCCGGUCCCUCAGGGUCUCUAUCUGAAGCAAUCCAGUACCUGCCAGGACCCCCCGGCCCUCCUGGCCCGCCUGGACCUCCGGGACCUCCUGGGGUAUCCGUAGUAGGGCCAAAAGGAGAACCAGGAUUCAGCCAUUAUGAAGAACACCCAGUUCAUGGAAAUACUAAGUUCUAUGGAAGACCAAUUAUAAAGAGCCCUCUUGACGAACUAAAGGCUCUAAAGGAACUGAAAGACCUGAAAGAGAGGGACAGAGAUAGACAUGGACCAAUCCAGUCACAUCCAGCUACUCAUCAUCACCAUACUGAGGAGCCGAACAAAGCGGCGCAGUCGGUACCUGGUGCUGCCGUGUUCCAAACAACUGAGGAAAUGUUAAAGCUCGCAUCAUCGAGUCCAGUAGGCGCACUGGGUUACGUUGUCGAAGAGCAGGCUUUGUUCGUCAAAGUUAAUUCCGGAUGGCAAUACGUACUGUUAGGUUCCCUGGUAACGCAAGCUGCACCGUCGCACCCGACUCCUGCGCCGGUACCUCCUCCAAUGCAAGCUGCUAGCUUAGUUCAUGUACCUCCGAUAUCGAACCUAGUUGAGAACUCACCCGUCGUUGGACCGAGUCUCCACCUAGCGGCACUGAAUGAGCCCUUACCAGGCAACAUGCAUGGUAUACGCAGAGCUGACUACGCGUGCUAUCGUCAAGGAAGACGGGCUGGAUUGAGAGGGACCUUCAGAGCUUUGUUAACUAGCAAGAUCCAGAAUCUAGAUUCGAUAGUCCGGUACUCAGAUCGACAUCUGCCAGUUGUGAAUACUCAAGGAGAAGUGCUGUUCAAGUCAUUCUCUGAUAUGUUUGAUGGCAAUGGCGCGUUGGCUUCUGAUGCCAGGAUCUACAGCUUCAAUGGAAGGAAUGUUUUGACUGAUCCGCUUUGGCCUCAAAAAAUAAUCUGGCAUGGCUCUCGAGCGAACGGUGAGCGUGCUUUGGACAGCUACUGCCACGAGUGGCAAAAUGGAGACCCCGCCAACAGAGGCCUUGGAUCUUCAUUGUACUCACACAAACUACUUGCACAGGAGAGAUAUCCAUGCAGUAGUCAUUUCAUCGUGCUUUGCGUCGAAGUGGCGUCAGAAAUAAAUUCUAGAAGAAAACGAGAGACUCCAAGAUAUAAUGCGACCGGCACACUCGAUGACGACGACUAUCUGUACAAUGCGGAGGAAUAUCAACAACUACUGAACGAAAUAUUUGCUCAACCGUUUAGAGAGAAUUAGGUUAUGACGUCAUCGUUCAUGUGUUACGUCAGAAUGCACCAACGGCUCGUGAGUUCGAAAUCGUAUGAUUUGUAUUGACGUUGUUUGCUGUCUAUAAUGUGCAUUAUUGUAAUGAAAAUUCCAAAAUAUUUAAGACCUUCCCAAGAGAUAUUUAAAUGUUACCUUUGGCAUAAAAGAUUGGCAAUUUAAAGAAAAUCUCUUCUUCGAUGAUUAUAUCGAAAUCUUUCGGAGCAAAACAUCAAUGGUGGCAUUGAUAGCUAAUGAAUUAGCAACUCUUUCGUUGUACGAAAAUUUCGAACGGCAAAGACCGUCUUUUGUCGAUGUAUUCUGAUUCGAAAUUCAAACGCCCAUCAUAUUAAAGUGUUUAGUCAAAUUCUGAAAUUUCGGGCGUAAAUGAGAUUAAAGUAUCAAGUCUCGGAGCUUGGUGUUCAUGAUAUGAGAUUCCUAUUAAACUAAGCGUAUAAGCUUAAGCCAGUGAAAGUUACUACAGACCUACAUUUGUAUUACUGUAUGUAUAGUGAAAUGUAAUUAGUUCGCGCUUCAUUCUGCGUUUAGGAUGUUUGUAAAUAAAUUUUGUAAAAUUAUUUUACGGAUUGGAUUGGUUUGUAUAGUUGAUGGAGUUACUAGUCAUCUUACGAAGGUAGAAACCUACGUAAUACUUAAUUCUAAUUGAUGUAAUGUUGCAAUAACGUAUCGAAGAAGAUUAUGAUUAAAUACUGCAGAUCUGUUGUUUACCCACCUAGUACAAGUAAGUUAAGUUUAGUUGGAAGACGAAAGAGCAAUUUCGGAUGAUGAUUGAGAAAGAAGUACCUAAGCAUUAGGUUCCAUUUUUUUGUGUCCGCAUGUGUAAAUUAUAUUUACCUUCGUGGGACGAUUAGUAAGUCUGCAACUAAAAUAUUUCUAGUUUUUAAUACAAUACCAAUGUUUGUGAUUAUUUCGAGAUAUUAUUUCGAGACUGUAUAUACUAUUAUUAUUAUUCGAGAAGUAACUAUUUAUGAGUUUAAGACAAUUGAAGUAUUUACAAUUAUUUAGUAAAUUUUAAUAAUUUAAAUUAUAUCAGUAUCAAAUUAAUUACUUAACGCUAUGUUUUACUGAAAUGUAAUUGACUGAUUUUUACUUAAGUACUUUUGUAAUUUGAUUUCUGCAGACAUGACAAUAUUUAAAUAACCUGAUUUAAUAAUAAAUAAUCGCCAGUUAUCCCUUUCAUAUAAAUAGGUAUCAUAAAUAACUGUUAGUAGAAUUUUCUGAUCCAUCUAACUGAAUUCAUAAAUACGGGGUUCGAAAAAUAAAAAUAAACUACAGUUCGACUAUGUAUCGUCAGCAAAUAAAACUCGUUUAAAUUUCGAACUAGCAUCGCAACAAAACCAUAAACGAUACACAGAUAAAAACUAAUCGUUUUUAUUUGUGUUCGUCUAACAAUCAAAUACUCGUAUAUUUUAAAACACAACACACGUGUUUUAAAUCUCAUUCUCAUCUUUUUUUUAACGACAUGAAAAAUCAUCAAAUGACCCCUCCCGCUGUGGGUUAGCAGCGGUGAGGGAGUGUCAGACUCUUACAGACUAAAAACCGUCGUGUUCCGUCGUAGCCCUUUUAUGUACCAGGGCCGCGGUAUCUCUUUCGAACAAUCCCGCAGCCCCGGCAGGCCUUGGCCCUGUUGGGCUCCGCUGGGGAUCUCAUUCUUAUCUCUUGUCAUGUCUGCAUUUACUCCCAAAUUCGACAAUAAAAACAUUUGCACUGAAUAUUAUUAUCAUAAUUGAAACAUACAUCUUGUAUCACAAUAUUCUAUACUCUAUUGUAUUUAAUGUUUUAACUUAAUGUAAUAUUUAAUUACUCUUGUAAGCAAAUCUUGGUCCAUAUACUUGA